UCAAUUCACCUUUCCACAAAGAAGAAUACUCUCAAAACUAGUACUUGCAGAACUGCAUAUCACUGUUCAGCAGAAUCUUCUAAACACGACUUGCAAAAGAAAUAAACAUAUAAACACGCUUUCUUCAUUGCUCCGAAUUCUACACCAAUCCCUAAAUUGAGAUAUCAACAUCCCCGAGUCUCGCAAUCUCCGCCAUUGGAUUCCGUGAUUUUGUCAGUAGUUUGAGUCUGAUCCACCUCUGUCAUCUCAAGACUCGCUUCGCUUCCUGCUUAUUGAGAUUGUGGUUCAGUUAAAGGCAGGAAGGAUCCCUCCACUGAGUGGCGGAUUGCUGAUAGAGAAUAGCAAAUAAACUACGAAAAAUGGAAUUGGGAACCUCAGAGUCAUCAUAUCCAGGUUCAGGUAACUGGGAGAUCCCAAUUGAUCUGUUCGGUUCCAAAAAGCAUGCUGGAGUCCCUCGUGGUGUUCUAUCAUUUGCAGAUGAGUCUGGUAACAUAGUCUUCAGGGUGAACCGCCACCCACUCAAUCCUAACUCAUCGCCCCUUCCCAAGGACAAGAAAGUAUUGCUCGAUGCCUCAGGCAAUGCCCUCUUCUCCAUCUACAGAUAUCAUAAUGGGUCUUGGAAGUGCUAUAAGGGAGACAGUGAUGGGAAUAGGGAGCUGGUGUUUAGAGUGCAGAGGACCCUCAAAACAUUUUCUAGAGUUGAGUUAGAGGUACUUUUUGAGAGUGGAAGAUCCAAUGGUGAAGGUUGUGAUUGGAAAGUGAAGGGUUCCCCUUUCCAGAGAUCAUGCUGCAUCUAUAAAGAUACUGACUUGGUUGCACAGGUAGAUUCCAAAUAAUGUUACAUUAGAUACAUUAUGCCUCAGAAGAUUGAAGAUAUGGAGGUGAUGCAGCAGGAUUAUUCUGUGUAUGAAUCUACUGGCAUGAUUUGAUAUGAGUAUGAUGAUAAUUUAAAGCUGAGAUUUGUACAUUAUGACAAAGGAGCCUGAUUUACAAGUUUACAGUGUUGAAAGUUCGUUACAAUCCAAGGUAUCAAAACAAUUGAUUCCGAUUUACUUGUUCAUUAUACUUUUGUGCAGAGUAGCCUGAUGUACAAGCUCCACCAAAUAUUUGUCAGUAGGGGAAAAUUUCGCCUAACAAUAUUUCCGGGGACUAUUGAUCAUGCUCUAAUUUUGGCUAUGUUUGUGAUAUUUUUAAGUGGAAGAAAGUAGUAUCAUUAACAUUAACACCCAAAUGACACUGCAAGGAGGAAAAAAAGGUUUUGAUUAAUGUCUUUGAUGAUCUUUCUGUCUCACUCUUACACAUUUGUUUUGCUCAUAACUUCGGUUCAUUCAUUGACUAAUAAGGGGAAGAAAUGGGGUAUUGGUCUUUAUAGGAAGCAAUGUUUUAUUUAAACUGGUGCUAGAUCCUAGCCCCAGAAACAUUUUCAUUUUUAUUGAACUGGGCAACGCAUCAAACAUUUGUCAUUUAUCCCUAUUGGAUGAUACUUUUAUUUCAUCUGUCUUCAUUCUCACCAUUCAUUUGGAACAUAGCCAGUAUGUAUGCAACGACUCCUGAAAGGCGCUUUAUGUAUUAAAAUAUAGAUAUAGAUUUGGAGGAAGCAUCCACGUUUAGAAUGCAGAUCCAACCAUAGAGAACUAGAGACUGGUCAAACAAAAUAUCUGUACUGAAAAUUGAUUCAGCAAUCAAUUUAUUUAUUUAGUGAAAUUGAAUACAUUUGGAUCUA